CAGCCUGUUGCAGUUGUUUGUGAGUACACACACACUUUACAAGGGACCAGCUCAAACCAGCAGCCACACAGCCACCAUGAGAGAGUUCAAGAGCAAGGAAUUCUGGAGGGCCGUUCUGGCCGAACUGGUUGGCAUGACCCUUUUCAUUUUCCUCAGCAUCUCCACAGCCAUUGGGAACACGAAUAACAUCAACCCAGACCAGGAGGUGAAGGUGUCACUGGCCUUCGGACUGUCCAUUGCAACACUGGCCCAAAGUUUGGGCCAUAUCAGUGGAGCACACCUGAACCCUGCAGUUACCCUUGGGAUGCUUGCCAGCUGCCAGAUCAGCCUGUUCAAGGCAGUCAUGUACAUUGUGGCCCAGAUGCUGGGCUCAGCUCUGGCCAGUGGCAUUGUGUAUGGAGCACGACCAAGUGCCAUUAGUGCACUGGGGCUCAACGCUCUCAACGGUGUCACUCCCAGCCAAGGCGUGGGCAUAGAGCUCCUGGCAACCUUCCAGCUGGUGCUGUGUGUUAUUGCAGUCACUGAUAAAAGGCGGCGUGAUGUCACAGGCUCAGCACCCUUAGCCAUUGGCCUCUCAGUCUGCUUGGGGCACUUGGCAGCAAUCAGCUACACAGGCUGUGGCAUCAAUCCCGCUCGCUCAUUUGGUCCGGCUUUGAUCCUGAAUAAUUUCACAAACCACUGGGUGUACUGGGUGGGGCCAAUGUGCGGUGGCGUGGCGGCGGCUCUCAUGUAUGAUUUCCUGCUGUCACCCAAAUUUGACGACUUCCCUGGGCGCAUGAAGGUCCUGGUCAGUGGCCCAGUGGGUGACUAUGAUGUUAAUGGAGCCAACGACACUACAACUGUGGAAAUGACGUCAAAGUAGUGCCGUUCAAUCAUAACCACUUAAUGUCAUUGAACAUGUCUAUACUCUUGUAAAAACAAAAGCCCUUGAAUUUAAUGUAGUUAUGUCAGUAUUUUUUUUGUUUUUCUAUUUUUGAAAUACCAAUGAGGUUUAUGGUAACGGGUCAGGUAGUGUCUCUUUUUAACUCACUCCUGCUUUGACCCCACUCACUGACACUCAAGCAUAAAAGUUAAGGUUAUGAGAAUCUUGACAGUGCAGUGUGUUGAAAUUAUUCCCCAUAUCAGUAUUCUAUGUUGAGCCAUUUUUUGUAUACAUAUUUCUGUUUCUGUAUCACUUUUUAUCUCUGAUGAAUAAUGUAUUGUAUUUUAACUUUUGAAAUGUCUGUCACUUUUUUAAGUAAAUAAAACACUUGUUGUUACACAU